AUGAAAGACCGUCACUCCCGCCGCCGGCCCUUCGCCGCCUGGAUCAAGCGUGUCGCAAACCUCAAAGGCUCGUCCAACAGCCAGCCGCAAGCCUCCAAGGCCAAGAACAAGUCGUCCGUCAAGAACAACCCGUACCCCGAGUCGGGCCACCUGCACCGUCCAGCACCCGCAGCGAGCGCCAACGGCCACCUCUCCUUCUCCGAGCCCGUGUCACGCCGCCAGAGUUACGGCUCAGACGCCUCCGACGAUGACCUCGACCAGGGCGGCCAGCCCGUCAAGUCCGCAGCCCCGACCCUUGCGACAAAUCCGGAGACAAUAUAUUCAGACGCCGGGCAGUCAAAGGCUGAGACCAGCAACACCCGCGGCGGCGCGCUGAGCUCGCACGAUGGCGGGGCUAACAGCACUUUCUCCUCCCCCAACCACUCAGAGCGAUCCCUGACGACCACCCUCACAACAAUACAGUCGACGGCGCCCUCGGCUUUCCUCAACGGCGCAUCCGCAGCCGCCGCUCCGCAGAACACCCUGCACCCUCAGAGCGUCCAUUUCUCCCACCAAUACCCGGUUUCGCCUGCAUCCGCCGUGCCCGCCCACCUGCAACCGCACCCGCACACCUACCAAGCGGCUACCGCCGGAAACACCUUAUCAGAUAAUGCCUCGAUCAUGACCCUCGCCUCCUCGUCGAAACGCCGGCGCCGAAACUCCCUGGAUACGAACGCAUCCGUCCGCGCGCUAGCGCCAUCGUCCGUUUGGGGUGGCAGCCGUGAGUCGCUACCGCUCUCCGUGCUGAGCGGCAACGUUGACGCCGCGAGCACCACCGGCGGCAUCUACCAGAGCCAGAACCGGCCGGGGUUAGGCGGUGUGGCUAGUGCGGAGCGCGCGAGCGUGUACUCGUCGUCGGGCGCGGCACCGCCGGCGCUGAACUCGGAGCGGAACAGCUACUACGCGACUGGCAAGCAAGGGGGCGUGGACACGGGCAGCGUACGCAGCGGCCUGCACGGCCACCACGGCCGCGCGGAGAGCCUGGCCGGCAGCGUCAACACGGGUGUUGGUGGUCCUCCCGUCAGCCCGUUGGCCAGCCCUGUGCAUCCUGCUUCCUCUGGUCCUGGCCGCAUGGGUAGUCGGCGCAGCAGCAACCGUAGGGAAGAUGAUGACAUCGACGACAUCGAGGAACACGAGGAGCUGCAGAAGUAUGAUGAUUAUGACCACGACGAGGGCGACACUAACAUUUCUCUCAACGGGGAGAGCGUCAAGGCGCCGACAAAUGGCAUUUCUGUGAAAGAGCAGGACGCUCCCAUGAAGAGUUACUAA